UAAACGUCAUUCUUCGUCUUCAAUAUUCUAAUCUUCGCUCUGUUUUUUCGAUCGUCUUCAAUAUUCAAGAAUAUUUGGUGAUGGGUGUUGAUAGCGUCAUUUUUCCCUUUUUCUGGGUUUGGUUUAGUGGGUUCUGGUGCGGCGAGCCACAGAGAGAGACUUCUGGAACCUGGGUAUUUGGAGAUGGAGGAGAGAGUUCUAAGCCGUUGAAGGUUAUGUUUAGUGGGCCCGCCAAGCAUUUGACCGAUGCGAUUCCGAUUGGUAAUGGAGGACUUGGAGGCUGGAGCCAUGGUGUGGGGUGGUGAUGCUUCAGAGACUCUUCAACUUAAUGGUUGAAAUCGCUUUUCACUCUUAUGUGUUGGUGACAGAAAGCCUGGGAAGCUGUGGCACUGGGAAGUAAUUUCAGCUUUCCCAUCUCUCUUGGCAGAUAAUGAAAGAAGUAUUUGACUGAUGACCCUGGUGCCUAGGCUGUUUGUUAAACCUUUGUGUUAUAUAUCCAUACAAGUCAUUGCAGAUGGUGGUUGCUAAACUUUCUCAAUUAGAUCCUGGCAUCUUGAGAUGAUCCUUUCUUGAUAGGAGUAACAGGGAUCUUUAACUGAAAUCAGAUCACAGCUCUCUCUACUUUGGCUAUUGUUCUGCAAUUGGAGGGUCUAGAUUAAUUUUGGAGACCCCAUUGCAAUGUUGUUGAAAUCACCAGUUCUUGUAAAUCUUUGGCAGCUAUAAAUGCGAUAAAAAUGGAUAGUUUCUAAAGCAUCUUAGCCCCAAGUUUCACAUAUAGUUAUGGAUGAUUUUUAAACCAUGUUUAGACUUCUCAACUGCUGCAGCCACAACAAAAUGCAGUCCAAUGGAGGAAUAAAGCCAAAAUAAUACACAUAUGCUAGCAACAUGGUAUCCAAAUAAGUCAUGAGAUAUUUGGUUAUUUUGCCUCAUCUUGUCAAGAGGCUGCUUGUUUAUAUUGUAUGCAUACUAUUGAGGAUGGCCUUCCAGCCUUAUGAGCAGCAAAAUGACCAGAAUCAGGGGAAACAGCUGCAUGUUCUCUUAUGAAACAGAGUUUUGGUAGAGUUACGGAUGCCUUAUUUACAGAAGUCGUUUGAUGAUCUUCCAUAGAUGCACAGAGCAAUGACUAGAAUCAGGAAAAAGGCGCUUUUUCUUACAUGAAGAGGAGUUUGGGCAGAAUCACUGAUGAUUUAUAUGGAGAAGUAGUGAGUUUUUCAUAUGAGUUUGAUAUCUUUUGCUCAUGCGAUGCGUCAUCAACUUGCAACUUUAGAUGAUUUGGCCAUUAUUUUGCACCCAAAGGCGCUACAAUAAAUUCAGAUCCUAGUCCAAAGUUGUUGACAUCAUCAGUUCUGAUAUUGCUUUUGCUGUGAUUUAAUUGUUGUAUAUAACUGUAAAAUUGUUCUUCUAAGUUUCAUUAAUUUGAUAUUUCCUUUUGUUACUUUGAAGAAACUGCAGACUUCUUAAUUACUGUGAAAUAGUUAAAAUCCAGUUCAUUGGAGGGAUGAUGCCGAAGUAAACAGGGAGGACAUGAUAUUCUUGUUUGCCUAAUUGAUCAUGAAUCAGUUGACAGAAUAAAUUUGCCUCUCAGAAAAUCAUUCUUGCCUUUUAGGUCAUUUAUGUGAAUCACAGUCAUAAGAGUCGGCAAUUUAAUUGUUCAGGACUAUGACAAGAAAAGAGAAUGUACGAAGGUGGGAGAAGUGAUGAAGCAAAAUACUUACUCUUAAGUGAUGGACAAAUGCCUUGUUCAGAAAUUACAUGAACACGGCACAGUCUAGUAGACAUUGGACUCGAGGAGCAAGGAUGGAAUAGAACAAAGAAGUUAGGAGAAGUGAUUAAAGGAAAAAGUAGUGAUGCAUGAUACAAGCUCAGUACUCGGCAGAAUGUGGUCCUUCUUCCUUUUCAUUUUCCCAUCAUCAGACAUUAAAGAAUGCUUUAUCACCAUACAAACUUGGAGGGGCAGCAGGUGGAAGUGAUUAUGAUCCUAAAGGAAAAAGUGAUAGUGAGAUCAUGCGCUUUUGCCAAAGUUUCAUGAAUGAGAUCUAUAGAUAUCUGGGUUCCGACAAGUAUCUUCCAUCAGAAGAGCUGGUGUUGGCACCCGCGAGAUGGGAUUUCUCUUUGGGCAAUAUAGACGUCUUGCUGGUCAUCUUCAGGGAAGUCUUAAGGGGCCAAGGAUAUUUUUGUCUGGUUCUAGCCUUUGAACUGAAGUUACUGGCUAUGGGCUGGUUUUCUUUGCCCAGCUUAUUCUUACAGAAUGCAGACAUGAAUAAGGAGCUCAAGGGACUGAGAGUCAAAAGGAUAUUUGGUGGAUGAGGAUGGAUUUGAUUACAUGAAAAUAACAUUUUGAUGGAUAUCAAAGCUCAGCAGAGAAGUUUGAGAGACUACUAAAAGACUUAUGCUCAGUCUAAGUACUAUGAUGGAGCAAAACCUUGGUGUGAAAGGUGUGGUGUUGCAUUUCCUUGUGCUUCUCCGGAUGAAAUAGAUCAGUAUGAUCCCAUUAAGUAGGUUAAUUCAGAUUGCUGCAUACUUGUAGAAGGGAGUAAUUCACUAUAUGAGGGGCAAUGGCUUUUAGUAUCCAUUGCUGAUUUUGAUAGGAAAAAAAUGAGUGUUCAUAUGAACUGAUAUUAUUAGAUAUUAUUAUGUGCU